AUGAAAAGUGUUUCGUCUGAGGUGGCACAGGAAACCUUUGAUGCCGAUGAAAUUAAAAGGCUAGGGAAGAGAUUUAAGAAGCUUGAUUUGGACAAUUCGGGUUCUUUGAGUGUGGAAGAGUUCAUGUCUCUGCCUGAGUUACAACAGAAUCCUUUAGUACAGCGAGUAAUAGAUAUAUUUGACACAGAUGGGAAUGGAGAAGUAGACUUUAAAGAAUUCAUUGAGGGAGUCUCUCAGUUCAGUGUCAAAGGAGAUAAGGAACAGAAGUUGAGGUUUGCUUUCCGUAUCUAUGACAUGGAUAAAGAUGGCUAUAUUUCCAAUGGGGAACUCUUCCAGGUGCUGAAGAUGAUGGUGGGGAACAAUCUGAAAGAUACACAGUUACAGCAAAUUGUAGACAAAACCAUAAUAAAUGCAGAUAAGGAUGGAGAUGGAAGAAUAUCCUUUGAAGAAUUCUGUGCCGUUGUAGGUGGCCUAGAUAUCCACAAAAAGAUGGUGGUAGAUGUGUGA